AUGCCCCUGCUUCCCGGCACCGUGGGCCUUGCAGGCCUGCUUUUCUGGGUGGGCCAGACAGUGAACGCCUUGAUGGUACCCAAUGCUACCUUGGCCCUGGCCCAGACUGAGGGCAUAGCCGUGCAACCCCUGAGUGGCCUGGGGGUCCCCCAGCGCCUCCGGAAGCGCCACAUCUCUGUCCGGGACAUGAGUGCCCUGUUGGAUUAUCACAACCACAUCCGGGCCAGCGUGCGCCCACCUGCCGCCAACAUGGAAUAUAUGGUCUGGGAUGAGCAGCUGGCCAGGUCUGCCAAGGCCUGGGCCACCCAGUGCAUUUGGGCUCAUGGGCCCUCACAGCUGAUGAGAUAUGUGGGCCAGAACCUCUCCAUCCAUUCUGGCCGGUACCGCUCGGUGGUAGAUCUGGUGAAGUCCUGGUCUGAGGAGAGACAGCAUUACCUGUUUCCACCCCCAAGGGACUGUAAUCCACACUGCCCAUGGCGCUGCAGUGGCCCCGUCUGCUCCCAUUACACCCAGAUGGUGUGGGCAUCCUCCAGUCGGCUAGGCUGUGCCAUCCAUACCUGUGGCAGCAUCAAGGUCUGGGGCAGCACCUGGCAUCAGGCAAUAUACCUGGUCUGCAACUACGCUAUUAAGGGCAACUGGAUUGGCGAGGCCCCAUACAAGAUGGGGAGGCCAUGUUCCGCCUGUCCCCCCAGUUACCAAGGCAGCUGUAGCAGCAACCUGUGCUUCUCUGGACUGAACUCCAACAGGCUCCGAUGGUUCUGA